AUGCCGUCCGUCGCCGAAGACGGCGAGCUGGCUUCACAGGCCAUCGCUCAGACUCACCGUGCGCUUCCCGAGUGCCCCCAGCCCCUGCCCAGAGAUUCGUCUUCCCGCGCGACCACUACCUACAGCCGGAUAUCCAGGUCGGCAUCCCCCAUGCCGGCUGCCCAGCUCUCACAUCGCCGUUUCCGGCCGACCUGCACUCACCUCACUACGACCCGGCUGUACACUGACUCCCUAUUGUGCGAUGUAUGCCACCAACCACCACCGUGGGGAUGGCUAUACCGCUGUAUCCAAGAUCGGGAGCUCGAGCUGCUCAAUCAAAUCUUUGAGGGCGAGAUGCUCGAUGAAAUCUUUGAGUACGAGCCUAUCGAGGAUUAUUUCGACGACAUUGGAGAGAUGCUUUGCCAAAAGGUCAAGCUUCCUGCCCGUGGACGACACGCUCGCAUAGAGAGAUACAGCCUCCUAAGAGAGAUGACACAGGAGCAGUUGAGCUCAUACGAUCCGAUACAGCUAGAAACGCUGUUGAAGCAACGGGACAAUGUUCACCAGACCAUCAAGCGACAACGAUGGGGCUAUGCUACAAUCCCAUCCACCGAUCCUGGCCAGCCGCCCACGUACAAGAAACAGAAGGGCAUCGACACUGACCUAAGAUGUCGCCUCAAGGCAUGCCAUGACUGCCGGGCCAGCUUCGAAGCCCGAAGCUUUCUGAGCCUAGAUGGUGUUGCAGAUGGUGAUAUACCGGCCACCGCGGCUAUAGGCUUUGGCUUCCAUCUCUCUAAAUCCCGUCCGAUGAGCAACCCACGACUUGUUCAGGGUUUGGGCCUUAGACCGGUGCCUCUGACUCAGCCACCCUGGGCUUCCAUGCCUGCAUCGCCCAUGUCUUCGUCAACAUCUAUCUACAGUCUGAUGGAGUUGCUGGAUGAACCUAAUCCUGAGCCUGAAGGGGGUGACACCGACAAAACGGUCACCGAUCACUCUUCUGCCGAGGAAGAGGAUACCAAUAAAGCCUCCGGCCACUCUCAAGACCUGGCUGGCUUUGUCGACCCUGCCCAGAGGCUGACGCGUCCACCCUGGACACCACCACCAAGCCCUCGUCAGUCUGUUGGCGGCUUGGACACAGUAGCUAGAAUGAGAGAGCAGGUUGGUCCUCUGGGUCUUCCGUGCCCUCUCUCCGGGAUGGGUGGUCGAAGCUCCCGGUCAUUGAAAACGAACAAUCGUCUUCGCAAGAGCGUUUUCCGCUCCAUGUCUCCAGACCUGAUCGCCUUGAAAGGCGGAGGGGACUCUAUGCACGGCGGCCUAUGGCCUUGGAUGCCCUCGUCGUUGAACGACAGCACUCAGAUCCCAUAUGUCGAGAGGGCUGAGCUCGACUACUUCUACGAUGUUGGACUCACGCUUCCUUUUGAUCAACAGACCUUUGACCUGGCAUGUUCAACCCCGCUGCCACAUGCUACUGUGGAAGAGGCGGCUUUCUUCGACGUGCCCUACAAGAGCACGAUGGAGGAGUACGAAGACAGCGAAGGCAUCUUUCUGGAGAGGCCGCUGCAGGUCCCGGGAGGCAUUGCCCUGACAGAGGAGGCUGUCGAAAGCGGCUCUGCAGAUGUCAUGACCCAGGUCUAA